ACAUUCAUGCAAUACUUGCUUGGCUUUGAAGUUGAAAACUGCAACUUUAUUUAUAAAUUUAUUCAUUUUAAGUAAUAUAUUUACUAAUUUUAAGUUGUUCUUAGAAACAUAAUGAACUUUAAAGCAUUAUUAUCACUUAAGCCUUAUGUGUUCAAUUUAUAUAACAUACGAAGAUUAAAUUGUAAUGUAUCUAGUGUAACCAAAAUUCACAGAGAAAUUUAUACAAGAAUGUAUCCUACGAAAGUUAUCCUACCAAAUGGCGCUUCAAUAAACAUUAGAUACCACGAACCUAGACAAAUUAUAAAAUUACCUUUAGAUUUAAGUACAUUAUCUGAAGAAGAACGAAAAAUUAAGUUAGAAAAGAGGAAACCAAGAAGAAAAGUGAAAAUAACGGAAACUGUUGAGGACAACUUUAAUGCAAAGAAGUAUUUAAAAUACUUGAAAAAAUAAUAAUUAAAUUUGUUAUUAAUUAUUAAUCUCUUAGGUAAUGUAUUUGUAGAAUUAAAAAAUAUAUAAUAAA